GAUCGUACAGGAACGUACACUCGACGCUCAGCUCGGUGCCAUGAUCGCCGUGGGCGUUGUCCUCGCCUACGCCGCGCUCGCCGUCGCGGUGGUCCGGCUGGUGCUCUCGUACCGAUCGGCGAUCUACGCGCUGCGCCGGCUCUGGCGGUGGGGCGACGACUGGGCGCAGGCGUACCAGUACCACGAGGUGCCGCGCCGCCUCACCGUCGACGGCGGCGCCGAGAGGGACAACCCACUGUUCGCCAAGGCCGCGGCGUACGUCUCCUCGCUGCCGUCGCUCGAGGACGCCGACGCCGCCUCCGUGAUCUCCUCCUCCGCGUCGCCCAGAAAGAAGACCAACGGUGGCUUCUCGCUCCACCUCGGCCCAGGCCACACAGCGCGGGACGCCUUCCAGGGCGCGCGCCUCGCCUGGACCUACCGCCCUGCCCGCGACGAGCACGACGAGGCGCUGGUGCUGCGCGUGCGCCGGCACGACCGGACGCGCGUGCUGCGGCCGUACCUGCAGCACGUGGAGUCCGUGGCCAACGAGAUGGAGCUGCGGCGGCGCGAGCUGCGGCUGUUCGCGAACGCCAGCGGCGUGGACGCGCGCACGGGCGCGCCGCGGUGGGCGUCGGCGCCGUUCACGCACCCGGCCACGCUCGACACGGUGGCCAUGGACCCGGACCUGAAGGCCCGCGUCCGCGCCGACCUGGAAAUCUUCGCCAAGGGCCGCGCCUACUACCACCGCCUCGGCCGCGUCUGGCGCCGGAGCUACCUCCUCCACGGCCCGCCCGGCACCGGCAAGUCCACCUUCGCGGCGGCCAUGGCGCGCUUCCUCGGCUACGACGUGUACGACGUCGACCUGUCCCGCGCGGGGGACCUCCGCGCGCUGCUCAUGAGCACCACCCCGCGCUCGCUCAUACUCGUCGAGGACCUCGACCGGCACCUGCUGCAAACUCACGGGGACAACGCGGAAGCGAGGGUGCUGAGCUUCAUGGACGGCGUCGCUUCCUGCUGCGGGGAGGAGCGCGUGAUGGUGUUCACGAUGCGCGGGGGGAAGGAGCACGAGGGCGUGCCCGCGGCGGUGCUGCGGCCGGGGAGGCUGGACGUACACAUCCGCUUCACGCUCUGCGACUUCGACGCGUUCAAGGCGCUGGCCAGCAGCUACCUGGGCCUCAAGGACCACAAGCUGUACCCGCAGGUGGAGGAGGGCUUCCACGCCGCCGGCGACCGCCGCUUCAGCCCCGCCGAGCUGGGCGAGAUCAUGCUCGCCAACCGCGGGUCCCCGAGCCGCGCGCUCCGCACCGUCAUCACCAAGCUCCAGCGCGCGUCCGUGUCGGACGCGCCGUCACGGCUGCCGCACAGGCGGAUGACCAGCUGGUCCGGAGCCGCGCACGCGCAGUUGGAUGUUCCUGCCGGAACGGAGGCCGAGGCGACGGAGGAGACGGGCGGUGGGUUGUUCGGGAAGGACGCUCCGAUGAGGGAGUUCAAGAAGCUGUACGGGCUGAUCAGGGUCAAGAGCCGGAGGGAGGGCGCCGGCGUCGUGCCCUUGGAUGACGAGGCGCCAACGCCAACGGCGUUGAUCGGGCGCGGCUCGGGCAGCAACCACGACAAGGAGCGCUGAUUUUGGUUAGGCGGUUGUAGACUUGGUAGUACAGUACACAUCCAGCAA